CAAAAAAAAACAGUUGGUCUAUGAUUUGAUUGUGAUUGUGUGAUUGGCGCUAUUUUGCGUUUUACUUUUAUAAUAUAAUAAAUGAAACAAUAUAUAUUGUGUCAUGUAUGUGGUACUAGCUUGGUCCUAGUUUAUUAAGUGUGUCUUGUGUGCAACCGAAGCCUCAAACAAGAUUGUUCAAUGGGUUCCUUAAUAUAAAACCUGCCAGAAAGCUUCACUUGAAGCCAUUAGUGUUAGUUGUUAUUGAGGAAUUGAAUGGCUAUGUAUUAUUACGCAAGUAAAUUGAAUGAAGCUUCAUGUAGUGGGUGUAACAUUAAAGUUCCCCCUGCGCCCAAAGAGCCGGCCCCUGUGCCACCGCCACCCACCGAUCUUGCUCCACUACCUCCUGACCCGGCACUUCUGCAUGGCUCCGGGCUUUCUUAUUAUGAUAAUGAUGAUUACUAUUCAAUGGUGAGAGGUAACAAGUUCAUGUCUGAAAACACCUGCAAACAUAUUGUGAUGAAUGGUGGUAUUAACUUUGUUGGAUCUCAAAAGACAGAUGGACCACAGAUUUCAACAGUACUGCCAUCUGGAGUAAAGACAAUAACAGGUCUUCCGUAUGUAGGCUGUACAACAGAUAAGCCAGAUGUUGAGUACAGGGAGGGCCAAAUAGUAAGUGCAGCAUUGGAAACGCUGGUUGACAUGCUCCGACCGGGAGCUAGCAAGUCAUUUACAUUCACAUUCCUACUGUGUUCACGACUAUUUGUCAAACCACAUGAAUUACUGAACAAGCUCUGCAAACGCUACUUCAAAAGCUAUGAAAAAAUUGGGAAAAAUGAAGUAAAGGAUUUAGUGGAUAAAGAACUCAAUGACAUGGUUGCAUUAGUAAGAGUCCUAAGUCAGUGGACUGGAAUGUUUCCAUAUGACUUCCGUGAUGAUAGAGUCAUGGCACUUGUCCGCAGUAUAACUCAGAGAUGUGCUGCAGACCACAUGGCUUCGGUAAGAGUUGAAAUGUCAACCACAUUAGAGAAACUACUUGAUAAACUAACGGCACUUGAACAAUAUGAGGAGACUUUGGUUGAACCACCGCAAGUUGCUUCUGUGGAUCAGUUGGCUCAGGGAGAUAUACUAACUCUUGGUCUAACGCCUGUCGAAUUGGCGAACCAGUUGACUAUUGUGGAGCUGCAUAGACUUUCGUUUGUUGGCCCCGAAGAAUUUGUGCAAACAUUUGCGCCAACUCAACCGCAGCAAUCAAGCUCAUCUUGCGGCAAACCUUCCAUUAAUUUACAUCACAUAGACACUAAAAGCACGCGGAAUUUGGAAGCAUAUGCCGAUUGGUUCAAUAGACUCAGCUAUUUAGUGGCCACCGACAUUCUGAAGGCUGCGAAAAGCAAAUACCGCGCUCGUGUCAUUGAACAAUGGGUGAUGACAGCCAGAGAAUGCUUCAACCUCGGAAACUUCAACUCACUUAUGGCUAUCAUCAGCGCAUUGAACAUGUCGCCAGUGUCGAGACUUAAGAAGACGUGGAGUCGAACUUCAGCUGUCUGUGGCCAACAAUUGCGGCAGCUGGAACUUUGCGUAGAACCAAGUGGAAAUCAUGCAAGAUACCGUGCAGCGUUGGCAGCCGCCCCCACCGAAACAGCUGUACCAUUGCUUUCUGUCACCUGCCGGGAUCUUCACUUCGCCAAUCAAGGCUCUCCGUCAAAGUUACCGGGAAAUCGCGUGAAUUUCGAGAAAUGUACGCUUCUAAGUCGUCACGUUAGCAACCAGCUCGCCAGUCGCCGUCUCACAAGCGAAGAAAGUCCGUCUAACUCCCACCCGACGCCGCAUCUGCUUGUGUGGCGGUUUCUCAAUGACAGACCCACUCUCACUGAGAUCGCUCUGGAGAUCAUAUCGUUUGAAAGAGAACCUCCCGUCGACCACCAGGAGAAGGAACGUCUAAAACGUUUGCGAGGCGCAAGUUAAAUUGUAAACGACUACCAUCUCGUCUCUGCGGUUCAAGAUCCCCGCUACAUUCUAACCAGUGAUGGUGACGCCCAUCCGGCGUUGUGAUGUGUUCUUAUCUAAAACUCUUUAAUUGCAUUGUACAAAAUCUCUAAACUCGAAGAACAAGGUAGGUUUGUACCUUUUUUCACGUACUUAAAGAACACAACUCUAAAAUCUUUGCAUACAAGUAAGUCAGGCAACUAAAGUAUUAUUUAUCUUUUUCUACACACAAUUGACACGGGAUUGUCUUUACACAACCUGGUUUAAUUAAACAGUAAAGUAGCAGCUAUAACAAUAUUAAUUAAAGCUAAGCGACAUUAAUAUAUGUAAGACACAUUUUA